AUGCCCAAGUCGCUGCCGCUGCCGCCGCACUACUUCCCGUGCCCUGCGCUCACGCCGCGCGAAGAACAGCACCUCGUGACGAAAGCGCGCGACUCGGCCAACGCGCUCAUCGACGUCACGCGGAACCACGAGGGGCCCGUGCGGUGGGAAGCCGCGGGCGGCCACCGCGGCGUGCAGAUGUACAAGGGCGAGGCGCGGUACCCCGAGGCAGUCGUGGGCGAAGCGCUCACGUACGGCUGCGGCGCGACGACGAUCCGCUCGACGCUCGAGGAAGUGGCUGCGUUCUUUGACGUGAGUUCCGACGCGAAGCUCGCGGCGUUCGCGGCGUCGAGCGCCGACGUACUGGACGCGCAGCUGCUGUACGCGCUGACGGACACGGCGCUGCUGAACGACGACCGGCGCGCGCACGACCGCAGCCGUCCGAGUCGCGCGGGCGCGAGCAAACUCGGGCACGUGACGCAGGUGACGGUCAAGUGGUUUGCGUCCGAGAUGCCGUCAAAGCUGCUGAAGCAUCGGGACUUCCUCACGGUCGAGUGCCAGAGCACGUUCACGGACGUGAGCGGCCGACGGGGCUACGUGCGGUCGUACCACUCGAUCAAGUUGCCCGCGUGCCCCGAGCUGAGCGACUACAGCCUCGUGCGCGGCAGUUUCUACCACACGGGCUACGUGUUUGUCGAGAGCGAGCGCCACGGCUUCCUCGACGUCAUCUACAGCGGCCAAGUGAACAUGAAGGGGAACGCCAAGAUCCCCACGUCGCUCUUCAUGACGAUCCAGAAGAAGCGCUUGUCGAGCAUUGCCGACCUCCCGCGCUUGAUCACGCGGCGGCGACUCGGGGCCCAGCGGUUCCUCGGCGACCUCGAGAUCGUGCCCAAGAGCCUCCGCGCGCGCUGCAACCUCUGCGCGACCAAGUUUGGCCUCAUUACGCGCAAAGCGCGCUGCCGCAAGUGCGGCGAAGUCGUGUGCGCGUCGGCGUGCAGCACCGAGUGGGAGGUGUCGAUCCCGGGCCAGGGCGUGCGCAAAGUCCGCGUGUGCUCCAAGUGCGCGCAGAACACGGACCUGCCCGAGCUCGACAACCUCCCGGCGAGCGAGCCGUACUCGGAGAGCGGCAGUGGGCUCGAAGACCUGGACGACGGACCGGUCCUGAGCGUGCGUGCCCCGGGGCACCAGUACGUGAAGAAGGGCACGUCAGAGUCGUCGGUGCGGCGCGCGGGCGAGCCGAGUUCCGACAGUGACGUACUUGAUGGCGACCGGCGUCGACGCUCUCAUCGACGCGGCGGACGGUACAGCCACAACGGCGACAAGCGACACAGCUUGGACGAAAGCUACUACGACACGGACCCCGAGCACACGGGAGGGGCUGGUGGGCUGCCGAGCGGAGACGACGCGCGACUGAGUCUCGACUCGGGCCACUACACGAACGACAGUGGGGAGCCCGACGAGACUUUGUCGCAUCGGAGAAGGCGCGACGACCAGAGGUACGACCCGAGGAACCCCGACAUGUACGACCAUCAGACGUACGGCGCGUCGCCCCCUCAAUUCCACGACGAAGAGCAGCGACGAGCGCUGCAGCGUCAACAGCGCGCGCUGCAGCAGCAACGAAACAAGCAGAGACUGUUGCAGCGCCAGCAACAGCAGCAGGAGGCGCUGAUGCGCCGCCGGCAGCAACAAGGUCAGGACUCGGAGCAUUACCACGCAGGGUCAGAGGAUUACAUGAGCCACAGCGAGUUCAGCGACAGCCUCGCGAGCUCGGAUGGACCGUCGUUCCUCACGUCGAGUCUAUUAGCACAGCACACGAAGCAGAUGGGCAAACCUGGUCCAGUGACUCAAGACGAAAGGAAUGCCGCGCAACUCGCUGUCCAGCAGCACCGGGAGCAGAGCGAGGGCAGGGCUACCAGCAUUGACUUGAACGUCGCACUUGCUUCCCCAGCGCUCGGUCCAGAGCUCCGGCUGACGCAAUUGGAGCAACUGCAGGUUCAACAGUGGGCAGAGCAAGAAGCUCGAUUUCGUGACGAAUCCAUGCCGUCGCUCGACUUUGAGUUCCCCGAAGAUUCGUCCGAGGCAACGAUGCCAGUACUUCAGCUCCGGCGAAGUUUGAGCUGCGAGAGCUUUGCGACUUCGACUGAUCUGGAGCUCCCAUCGUUUUUUCGAAGUUCACGCAGCAGUGGGCGCUCGCACGAUCGCCCAUCGCUUUUGCUUGGUGAAUCGAGCCCUCCGUUUGUAGGUAAGGCGCGCGUGAACAAUUCGGUACAAAGGACGGUGAGCGUUGUAGACGACGAGGACGGGGUGGACAAUUUUAUUGAAGGGCUGGCUCUCCACAUGAGUUCGUUGCUCCGGCCAGAGGACUUGCGUCCUACGGAAGAGAGCAUCAGGUUGUCAAUUGACUCGAUUGGCCAGGACCAAAGUGCCAUGGGCGGCAGUGGCAUUGUCGUUACGGACAACUUUGGCGCCUCGAUCACGAAAAGCCGUACCGAUCUGUCCAAGACGACUAUUGUGAAGCUGUACCAGCGAAUUUUAGAACUGACGGACAAGCAGCACGAGUUGAAAGCGCAACCCGAGUCGGACUCUGAUGAGAGGAAGGAAAUCGCUCGCGAACUCGAAGGGCUGUAUGCAAAGCUUCGCUUGGAAGUGGAAGUAUAA